AUGAAGAAAGAAAACGGGCUUCUUCUAACCAUCGGAGCCAUUGCAACUCUCAUAACCAUACUAGUUUUGGCAGACGGUAUGUUUAACAGGAAAAUCUCCCAUGAAUCUGACGGGAAUAUUCAUAGUAUUGAUUUCCAUGGCCUAACCAUGUGUGAUAUUCCGGUGAUAAAAAGAGACAGAUAUACAUUGAGAGGCCUCAGUAUGGAUGAUUAUGGCAAAGGGUUCAUUGACUGCCUGAACGAACUAACCAAGUCAGGAGUGGUUACACGGGAACAGUUUGAAGAAAGAUAUUUAUCGCUAUGUAAGGAAGGAAACUAUAAAAUAGUGGUUGCAUAUGACCCGAGUAAAGAGGAGGUCAUUGGAUCUGGAACUCUAUUCAUUGAAAAAAAGUUUAUCAGGGGAUGUGCCUCAAAAGGCCAUAUAGAGGAUGUAGUUGUUUCGAAAGAAAGAAGAGGAGAAGGGAUUGGAAGAGAUGUAAUAGAGAUGCUGAUAGACAUCUCUAGGAACAUGGGAUGUUACAAAACGGCGCUAGUCUGCGACCCAAAGAAUGUUGAGUUCUACAUGAAGUGCGGGAUGACGGAGAAAGAAAGGGAAAUGGUUGUAUAUCAUUAA